GUCCGGCGGGGCGGGCGUCGAGCUCGGUGAGGCGGCGCCGCCUCCGCCGCCGCUGCUGCUUCUCUUGUUCGUGAGGAGAGGGAAAGGAAGCGAGAAGGAGAGGGAGAAGGGGCCCGGAUGGAGGCGGCCCCGGCCUGCGCCUUCCUCCCUUCCUCCGCUCGGCCCUCCGCCUGAAGGGACCACCAUGUCGAACGCGGGAAGCCGGCGGAGCGGGUCCAGCAUCAAAAUCCGCCUCACAGUGCUUUGUGCCAAGAACCUUGCAAAAAAGGAUUUCUUCAGGCUCCCUGACCCGUUUGCAAAGGUGGUGGUGGAUGGGUCGGGUCAGUGCCACUCAACUGACACAGUGAAGAACACGUUAGAUCCCAAAUGGAACCAGCAUUAUGAUCUAUAUGUUGGGAAGUCCGAUUCUAUCACCAUCAGUGUCUGGAACCAUAAGAAAAUUCACAAAAAACAGGGAGCUGGCUUCCUGGGGUGUGUCCGACUCCUUUCCAAUGCCAUCAGCAGGCUAAAAGAUACUGGAUACCAGCGUUUGGAUCUAUGCAAACUUAACCCCACAGAUACUGAUGCAGUGCGAGGCCAAAUAGUGGUCAGCUUACAGACACGGGACAGGAUAGGCACAGGAGGAUCUGUGGUAGACUGCAGGGGCCUGUUAGAGAAUGAAGGAACGGUUUAUGAAGACUCGGGGCCAGGAAGGCCGCUGAGCUGUUACAUGGAGGAGCCAGCCCCAUACACAGACAGCACCGGGGCCGCUGGAGGAGGAAACUGUCGCUUUGUGGAAUCUCCAAGCCAGGACCAGGCUUUGCAGGUGCAGCGAUUGCGGACUCCUGAUGUGAGAAGCCAUGUACAGACGCCCCAGAACAGGCCGCAUGGUCACCAGUCGCCGUCCCCUGACCUGCCUGAAGGCUAUGAACAAAGGACAACAGUACAGGGGCAAGUUUACUUUUUACACACACAAACCGGUGUUAGCACAUGGCACGACCCUAGGAUACCAAGAGACCUUAACAGUGUGAAUUGUGAUGAAUUGGGACCUCUACCACCAGGUUGGGAAGUUAGAAGUACAGUGUCAGGAAGAAUAUAUUUUGUAGAUCAUAAUAACAGAACCACACAGUUCACAGACCCAAGACUUCAUCACAUCAUGAAUCACCAAUGCCAACUGAAAGAACCCAACCAGCCUUUGCCCGUGCCGAAUGAGGGGUCGUUAGAAGACAGCGAAGAAUUGCCAGCCCAGAGAUACGAGCGAGAUUUGGUCCAGAAGCUGAAGAUACUCAGGCACGAACUCUCUCUCCAGCAACCUCAAGCUGGUCACUGCCGCAUUGAAGUAUCAAGGGAAGAAAUAUUCGAGGAAUCAUACCGCCAGAUCAUGAAGAUGAGGCCCAAAGAUUUGAAGAAGAGAUUGAUGGUAAAGUUUCGAGGAGAAGAAGGCUUGGAUUACGGCGGAGUGGCAAGGGAGUGGUUAUACCUAUUGUGCCAUGAAAUGUUGAACCCAUAUUAUGGACUCUUCCAGUACUCAACAGAUAACAUUUACAUGCUGCAGAUAAAUCCAGACUCUUCUAUCAAUCCCGAUCAUCUGUCUUACUUCCACUUCGUUGGUCGGAUAAUGGGUCUGGCUGUGUUCCACGGGCACUACAUCAAUGGAGGCUUCACCGUUCCUUUCUACAAGCAGCUUCUGGGAAAACCCAUCCAAUUAUCUGAUCUAGAAUCAGUCGACCCAGAACUGCACAAGAGUUUAGUUUGGAUUUUAGAGAAUGAUAUUACUCCAGUUUUGGACCAUACGUUCUGUGUGGAGCACAAUGCGUUUGGCAGGAUUCUACAGCAUGAGCUCAAACCAAAUGGGAGGAACGUCUCUGUCACGGAGGAGAACAAGAAAGAAUACGUCAGGUUGUACGUUAACUGGAGGUUCAUGAGAGGGAUUGAGGCCCAGUUCUUGGCUCUUCAGAAAGGCUUUAAUGAACUUAUUCCACAACAUCUACUGAAGCCUUUUGACCAGAAGGAGCUCGAGCUCAUCAUCGGUGGCCUGGAUAAGAUUGACUUGAACGACUGGAAGUCCAACACGCGCCUCAAGCACUGCAUGGCCGACAGCAACAUCGUCAAAUGGUUCUGGCAAGCGGUGGAAGCCUUCGACGAGGAGCGGAGAGCACGGCUGCUGCAGUUUGUGACGGGCUCGACGCGGGUGCCGCUCCAGGGCUUCAAGGCUUUGCAAGGCUCUACAGGCGCUGCAGGACCCAGGCUCUUCACUAUCCAUUUGAUAGAUGCAAACACGGAUAACCUUCCGAAAGCUCAUACUUGCUUUAACCGAAUUGACAUUCCGCCUUACGAAACCUAUGAGAAGCUUUACGAGAAGCUCCUGACGGCUGUGGAAGAGACCUGUGGGUUUGCAGUGGAGUGAAUGGGCAACCAAAGGAAACAAGAUUCUAGCUCAUGGACCACCAAAUCAAAAGCUGUAAGAAGAAGCUUGCUGUGAACUUCUUUUUUGUCCAAAGCAUUGAGACACGCUCAACAACUUGGGGAGGGGGCCCCGUGGCCGUUUCCCCCUCCUGUGGCGCAGUUGUGGGGAGGGGGGGCUUUUGUUGGUGGUUCCCGACCAUAUAUUUUUCUCCCUUUUGUUACGGCAAUUCCUGCCUUUCCCCCCAUCCCUUCCCUUCCCCUUCCAUUUCCCACGACAGUAAAGGCAGUCAGGUUCAGCAUUUGGUUUUGGUUACCCAAGAUAUUCUGCUAGACUCGUAACACAUAUUGUGAUAAGGUCAAUGACCUGUGGUCUUUUUUUAUAGGAGUAUCAAAAUUGUAGUUGAGUAUCUUGAGAUUGGUUUGCUGAGGAUCUGUUGACUGGUAGGUGUAUAUGGGUGUUUUUGUCUUAAGGCGGUCCUGAGCCCUUGUAGACUCCAGACGCGACGGGAAAAGGAAGACUGGCCCAGGGAUCUUCCCAGUUGCACAUUUCAGAAUUCACUUUAGAAAAUGGGUAGCAGAGAACGGAUCCAUAGGCGCGCACGACGAAGGAUUCUUCCUCGUGUGAACGCAGCGGCUUGGCUCUUUAGAAGAGGAGAAAAGGAUGAAAUACAAGCCAUUUUAGACGUGGGGGCUUUUUUAAAAUGAGGCAGACUUGUUUGGUUACGCUGUUAUGACUGGGAUAUGUCGGAGAACGCAGCAAGAGGGGCAUUCGUGGCCCAAGGUCUGAGCAGUCUGAAGAAUUCCUUUCCCUCAACACUGUUUACUCAGAUGCGUUCGUUGACUUGGAAUAGUGGAAGUCCUACUUCCAUCAGGGCUGGAGAAAGGCUUUUUAUAAUGUUUGGUUAUGCUAUUAUGACUGGGAUACGUCGGAGAAUGCAGCAAGAGAGGCAUUUGUGGCCCAGGGUCUGAGCAGUCUGAAAGAGUCCUUUCCUCUGACUUGGUUUUCUCAGAUGCAUUCAUUGACUUGGAAUAGUGGAAGUGCUACUUCCAUCAGGACUGGAGAACAGCUCUGUUCAAAUGCUUUGUAUAAUGUUUGGUUGUGCUGUUGCGACUGGGAUAUGUCGGAGAAUGCAGCAAGGGGGCAUUCAUGGCCUGAGCAGUCUGAAAGAGUCCUUUCCUCCGACUUUGUUUUCUCAGAUGCAUUCGUUGACUUGGAAUAGUGGAAGUCCUACUUCUAUCAGGACUGGAGAAAGGCUUUUUAUAAUGUUUGGAUAUGCUAUUAUGACUGGGAUACGUCGGAGAAUGCAGCAAGGGGGCAUUCGUGGCCUGAGCAGUCUGAAAGAGUCCUUUCCUCCGACUUCGUUUUCUCAGAUGCAUUUGUUGACUUGGAAUAUGGAAGUCCUACUUCCAUCAGGACUGGAGAACAGCUCUGUUCAAAUGCUUUGUGUAAUGUUUGGCUAUGCUAUUAUGACUGGGAUACGUCAGAGAAUGCAGCAAGGGGGCAUUCGUGGCCCAAGGUCUGAGCAGUCUGAAAUAUUUUUUCCUGUUUUCUCAGAUGCGUACUUUGACUUGAAAUCCCAGUUCCAUCAGGACUGGAGAAUGGCUCUGUUCAAAGAGAGAAUAUACGGUGCAUAAAGGUCUAACAUAGUGAUUUUAACUUUUGGCUCGUGAGCAAUCCAAAGUCCUGCAUUCAGCCUCUCUUGCUCUUUUUCCUUCCCUCCGGCGUAUAUCUGAAGCUAUUGUGCAAGGUUGUUAUUAAGUGAGCGGCUUCCCAUGACUUCCUGUAAGAGCGCUCAGGUUACAUUUCAUCAAACACAUUUGUUUUCCUUUACUUUACACUAGAAGCAGCAAGGUAGUAUUUUAACAACACAUCAUUGCUUGACAGAAAGACUGGCUAAGCAUCAAAUCAGACUUGGCAGACUUGGGCCAAAAAGACUUCUCCCUCCUGAUCUAAAUACAGAGAUGCAGUUGGAGAGAUGAUGCUUUGGGCGAGAAAAGCUAUUCAUCUACAAAGAUGCUUCUCUUGUCAAUUUUGAAAUUGAUAAUAACUUCAAACUGUGGUAGGACAAAUUCAAGUUAGUGACUUGUGAGAAACCCCAAAGUCUCUCUUUUCUGUUUGUUCCACUGACCGUAACAUUUGUGGUUUUGGCGAUGGAAAUAGGAGGGCGGCGUUGGAAAAAAGGAAAUCUUACGAUGUUGUGAUAUUUGCACCAUGUGGCUAAAGGGCUGGUUGGGGGAUUAUUUAAAUGGUGAGCCGAGGCAUAACGUAGAAUUGACUUGGGAACGCAGUCGCGCUUAAGGGACCAGUUAACUGCACUGUGAGUUCUUUGGGAAGGUUGCAAAGUGUCAAGGGAGUUUGGAGGAUUUGGAAUUAAUAGGCUAAGCCAGGCAUCUUUGCCAUCCUCUGGAGAUGAGGGGUUGUCCAUACAUAGGAGGUGGUGAACCUUGUGGUUUACUCCGUCGCUAGAAUUUAAAUGUGCAAAGUGAUUCCGAAGAUUAAAGCGAAAGAAAGAUUUGCAGAGUCUGUUCCUUACAGGCUCAUGAGAAAGAUGUUCCUCAAAUAUGGAGAGGAUGCAGUUGGCCACAUGCCGGGAGGUUGUUUGUGGCCUUACCCAUUUCUGCACCUAAAGUGCACGUUGCACCAGGAAACAAUAGAAGCAGAGGACAAGCGAAAUGAGGAAAGCAACACACUUCAGGAAAGGCAGUCCCACUCCAAAGGUAGCAGGAGAAUCCUGGCUGUGUUGAUAUUCACAUAGUGUCGAUAGCUUCCUCUGUGGUCAUAGCGAGGAAGAUGUGAGGAGCGUGUCUCCAAAAUCUGCUUUAAGUUUCCCAUUUGUGUGUCCUGAAUCUUUUGUCCCACUGGUUCCACUGACCAAGAGCCAAGUGCGCUGUGACUCUGGACACUGCAGUUUGAGGGAGGCUCAGGCUGGGAUUGGCAAAGGAACCAAGCAAGGCACAGUAGGGUUGGUUUUCUGUUGUUUUGUAUCUUUGAGGAUGAGCGUGCCGUGGACGUCAGGCAGAGCAUUCCACCUCUCCUUUCCCCCAACAAGGAAGCUAGAAAACCGAGUGGGAAAAUGAGAUUUUUCUUGCAGGCUGUGGUCUGCGAAGCUUUAACUUGCACAUAUGCUGAGGGCUUUUUAGCAGCUAAACUUUCAAAGGAUUGAUGUAUAGUCUUGCCUUUCACCUCUUGGUUGAUGAGAACCAACUGGAGCAGGUUGGCAGCAGGCAAGUGAAAAACUUCCCUUUAAGGCAGAUUGAUGUACUGAAGGGUAUCGGAAGCACCCUGCCCUUUGUGGCUGUGUCUUGCAUCUAGAUGGGAAACUAGUUGCAAUGGGGACACAGAGGAAUUGGAAGGGUAUGUGUGCGUUCUGUUGCUUCAGCCCGUUGGUGGUUUUGAAGGCCACUUCCAAUGGCUUUUGGUCCUUCUGGUAAGAGCAGAGCUUAUCAACUGGUCCAGCGAUGCAGAUCUUCCCAAGUCUUUGUUUACUAGGGAAACUAGUUGCAAUGGGGACACAGAGGAAUUGGAAGGGUAUGUGUGUGUUCUGUUGCUUCAGUCCGAUGGUGCUUUUGAAGGCCACCUCCAAUGGCUUUUGGUCCCUCUGGUAAGAGCAGAGCUUAUCAACUGGUCCAGCGAUGCAGAUCUUCCCAAGUCUUUGUUUACUUGGGAAACUAGUUGCAAUGGGGACACAGAGGAAUUGGAAGGGUAUGUGUGCGUUCUGUUGCUUCAGUCCGAUGGUGCUUUUGAAGGCCACCUCCAAUGGCUUUUGGUCCCUCUGGUAAGAGCAGAGCUUAUCAACUGGUCCAGUGAUGCAGAUCUUCCCGAGUCUUUGUUUACUUGCCCUGAAAUGCAUCAUCCAGCAUCCAUGCACUCAGGGAUGUAGGAAAUCACCACUCCUCUUGUGUUUCAAAUUGGGAAAGGACGCGUCGUUCUACGUCAGACGGGAACAUUGUGGACCAACUUCUUGUUUUCAGUGAAGGACAGCGCUUGCUCAGCAUUGAGUCCGGUCUGUAAAACCGCCGCGAUCCUCCAGAGCCGGCUUUCCUUUCCCAUCCUCUCCGUGGCUCCGGUACCCAGUAUUCUACACUGUAGAGCACAGACAGUUUUCCAGAAAAAAAUGCAGUAUGUAAUUUGUUUUUACUUUGUUUAAAAAAAAAAAGAAUUUUUUUUGUUCCUCAACCACUUUAUAAUGUAUUUUUUAACUUAUUAUUUUGUAAUGUCUUGUUUUUAAGUAUUGCUGCUACCCUUGUUACUCUUCUCUCCAUUUUUAUGGCGGAUUUUGUUUCGUGGGGAGGGGAAACAGUUGUACACUAAUGUUUUCCAUUUUAUGUCUAAAUCAAAGUAUUUAAAGAAAAUACUAGUUCUAUUUAACGUGGUUAUGGAGCCAGCUGGAAUAAAAACAGUGAUUGUAUAGUAGGCUGGGCCCAGGAGGUCAUGUUCAUUUUUGUUACAUAUGCAAUAAACUCUCACAACUUUAAAA